GGGCGCUCUCGCGAUACUCUCUUUGUACUUCAGUUGUGUUUUUUCCUUCCUCCUUCUAUUCAGCAGGUCAGGGCGUGGGUAACGUGUAUGCGAGAGAGAAAGAGAAGUGGAUCGAGCAGCGGGCCGGCGCGACGUGGCUGAAGUGUAGCGAGCGGUUGGAACGUUGGGCCGGCCGGCGCGAGCUCCAGGGCUGAGGCUCGAGCUGAAGUAUAGCGAGCGGUUGGAACGUUGAGCUGGCCGGGGCUGAGGUGCAAGCGAGAGGUUGGAACGUUGGGUCGGCCGGAGCUGAGGUGCAAGCGAGAGGUCGGGACGUUGAGCCGGCCGGCGCGAGCGCCAGGGCUGAGGCUCGGGCUGAAGUGUAGCGAGCGGCAGGAUAGGGCGCCGCUCAUUUCGCAGUUUAUUGAGACUCUGCACCACCCACGCCCACCCUCCCCUGUUCGCGGAGUUAUGUCCUUCAGGGGAGGAGAGGCGGCGGCGUCGGCGUCAGACUCGGUCUCAGCGGCGCACGGCGCUCCCCCCGCCGGCUCGCAGUUGCUGACCGCGCCGCCGCGUUCCAGGAUCUACAAGAUCAUCGUCAUUGGAGACUCGGGCGUGGGCAAGACUUGCCUGACCUACCGCUUCUGCGCUGGCAAGUUCCCCGACAAGACUGAAGCCACCAUCGGGGUGGAUUUCCGAGAGAAGACAGUGGAGAUAGAUGGAGAAAAAAUUAAGAUUCAGCUCUGGGACACAGCUGGUCAGGAGCGUUUUCGGAAGAGCAUGGUGCAGCACUACUACAGGAAUGUCCACGCUGUUGUCUUUGUGUACGACAUGACCAACCCCGUUAGUUUCCAGAGCCUCCCAGCCUGGAUUGAAGAAUGCAAACAGCACUCGCUUGGUGGAGAAGUUCCACGUAUCCUAGUGGGGAAUAAGUGCGACCUGAAAGACUCCACUAAAGUUAAAACUGACCUAGCUCAGAAGUUUGCUGAUACUCAAAGCAUGCCACUGUUUGAGACCUCUGCUAAGAAUCCAAACGAUAAUGAUCAUGUGGAAGCCAUUUUCAUGACUUUGGCUCAUAAACUGAAGAACCACAAGCCCAUGAUGCUGAGCCAGCUUCAAGUAGAUCAGUCCAAAGUUGAGCUGGAAUCUGAACCAAAGCCUGGUGUGGAGUGUUACUGUUAAAGGGGAAUAUGAUUUCCAUUUGAAGGAAGAUGAAAAGUGCUUUGCUGCUUAAGUAUUGUUUAAAGUGUAGAAAUGGCUGCAAUAAAACAUCUGAUUGAACCUGACAGAUCUUGUCACCAUCCAUGAGAGGAAAUACAGUUGAACAAUAAUUGGGAUUCAUCCUGCCAAGUACUGACUGAAAAUGAAGCCAAUGGACAGUCCAUAAGUGUACAUUUUCUGGUAUUAGUUGUCAGUUAUUAAUUUGUACUUUGACAUACAAGAGAAGUAUUAAUCUAAUAUACUUCAUUCAGUUAAUGUCAUUUAUACUUCCUCAUCCUCUUCACAGCUUUUCCUUAACCUUUUCUAUUCUGUCUGAAAAUUAAGUAUUUUAGUAUUGGAGACCCCUCAGUUGUUUAGUUGGUUGACAGCAAACAGCUGAGUGUUUCAGAGCAGGAAGAUCUCCACUUAGUAUCUGCUGACCAGGGCAGCAAUGGGUCAUUAUUAUUGACCUUGGCUCUGCAGUCAUAGUGGGGAAACUCUGCACUGUUUGACAGUACUAUGAUGCCUUAUUAAUUAGGCUGAAACUCUGGAUUUUCAUAGGAACAAUGGUGACUUGAUUAAGGUAACUUCAAUGAAAAAAAUGUUGACAGGAAAAGGAGGGAAGAUUUUUAUUUUUGAAGUAUUGGUGCACUAAUGUGGCAUUUGCAUUCGGUUCUGCUAAAUGACAUACAGAAAAGUGUUGCUGAAAUGUAACUUGUAUACAAUACUUUUGUGAUAUAGGGAAAAAAUAUACAAUUUAAUGGAUUUUAUUAAAUUAGACUGGCAAGGCCUACCAAGCUACCUGACUUAAAGACAAUUAAAGCCUUAAUGUUUUGUUAAAUCUUUUGCUUAAGAUGAGAGGACGGGAAAAAGCAGUGUGCAUUUAUUCCUGGCAGUGGACAUGAAAGCUGGCUGUGGCAAAGGGAAUGAUGGACUUCUUUUAUGUCGGUAUUUCUGAUCAAAUAUGGACUUUCACCAAAUCUUCCCUCUUCUUAGAAUGGGGAGAAACACCAUAGAGGCAUCUUCUGUGUUGUGAGAAUGUCAGAAUUUUUCAUCCUGCCUCCUUUUGUUCAUGUUUAUUGUUUAUAUCGUUGCAGCAAAAAUAUAUUUCCUGACUGCACUCUGAACUAUCAAGCAGUUCAUUCAUAAUUGACUAAAAAUGCAUGGAUUAAUGGUAACCACUGAUGAAAGAUGAGGAGAUGCUGAGUUUUAACAUGUAAUCUACAAUUGCUAGAAGAUAAUUGGAUUUCUAAUAUUUCACCAUCGUAGUGAACAAGUUGAAAAUCAUUGUUGUCAUACUUAAUCCAUUAUCAGCAAUAGCUUUAUUAGUUUUAUUACAUUUUGCACUAAAGAAAUCUUAAAAUGAAAAUAUCUUAAAAAUAAAAUGUAUAAACUUCAAUUCUGCUGUUUGUUCCAAUCUUUAAGAUUUGCAUUAUCUGCAGUUUAUUUUAAUUUCAAGUCUUUGUAGAUGUCUAUAUAGAGUUCCAAAAAAAUGUACAAUUAAUUCGCAAAGCCUACCCUACUUCCCUUCCCACUUAAGCUCCUGGCCUCCUUCCUUGUGGCUGAAGUAGUUUUUGUUAAUGAUUUUGAAUCCUUGCAAUGUUCCUGCUUUUCAAAGCCUGUCUUUGCUAGUUACUGUUUUGUGGCUCACUGUGCUUUCAUAUCAGGGGCCCACGAAUGUAUGUUCUCCCAUCUGAACACAAUUUCAAAAGGAAAUAAGUGCUAGCUGGAAAUAAUGUGCUGGCUUACAGAGAGUGGGGGAAUAGGACUGAUUGGAUUGUUUUGGUGUUGGCAUAGACAUGAAUAGCCUGUGUUGCAAUCCUUCUUGCAACUCUGUUUAAACUCCUUAAUCUUCUCCCACCUCGCCUUCAGAAUACUGAAAAGACAACCAAAGUCACAAGUAACACUUACUGUAUCCAUGAUCUGUUAUUACUUAAUCUGUCUCUCUGCAGAGUUUGUUGUUGAUUGUAUUUUCCACCAACACUACCUCCAUUGUUGAACAGGAUGGAUUGCCCUCAUUUGGUUCACCCUCUCUCUCAUUUGAUUGUGCAUUGCCUGUACACCUACAGUUGUCAAUGGAAACUCACUUAGAGCUACCUUUGACUACAUGUUACCCCAUGGAACAUCAUCCAAGCACUUGGGAUCAACACCUAAGCAUAGGCCACUGAACCAGUCUCUGCUUGUUUCAAAGUUGGUAUCCACCUGAUCAAAAGAACCUUUCAAUAUGUUUAGAAUUCUGAUGGCUUCUUAUUUCAUCUCUACUUUUAACAGUUUAGCUCAAUUUCCUUAUAUCCCAGUGCAAAUCCUUCUAGCCCAAUCUACUUGGAAACUCUAUGGGACUUAGACCUAGAGUAUCUGGUAAUUUAUAAAAACUACUGAAUCCCAGAGACUUUUGGAUUACCCUCCUGGUCUGAAGUUCUUUGUCAAAGGUAGAGAGACUCCUAAGGCGGUGAGGAUGCUGUCACUGGAAUGCACUAGCCACAAUGUUCCUCAAUGUUAUAGAUUUCAAAAUACAACAAAAAUCCUAAUGAAGAACAGGAUGACUCAAUAAAUAAAAAGCCACUGAAAACAAGUCCUGCUGGGAAAAAAGGGAAGCCUGACCUAGUCUGAAAAUGCAUGUUAUUUGUGAUUACUGGCAAAACUGCCUAUUAUAUUUGAGCACGUGAAUCACAAAAUUAAGAAUAUCCAGUCUCAACAUCUAGUGCACUAAGAUGUAACUAACUAACUAAAAUGGAUGCAUCUGUUGGAGAAAUGGUGCAAUGGUGGGAAGGUAGCUACGCUAAUUUAAAUAGAUAGAUCCUUUGGUGAACCAUUUUGGAAAAGUGCUCCUCAAUGCGUCAUCUUCUGCAAUGAGUCGACUUCUGCAAGUAUGACAGCUUCAUAGCAAGUUUGGGAGUUUUUGUUUAAACAAUUUUGUGUUGCAACGUAGGCUUGUAAUAAUCCAUGCUGAUACCUCAAACAUUUUGUGGAAUAAAUUCCUAAAAUACAAA